CCAAAUAGAACCAAACGGAACGAAACGGGGAGGGAACUACCUGAAUUUGUUCAAUAGAAACUAUCGCUUUCGUUGCAAAACGAAACUGUUUGCAACUGUUUGGACUAAUGAUUACACCCCAAGUCAGUCCAAUGAAUGUCAACGUUUACGCGAAGAAUCAUAAGAUGGCGACCACGGAACCGGAGAUCAAUUUAAAUCCCCAACAUGCUGAAGGAGGAGAAGAAGCAGAGACUGGUCAGGAGAUAGUGAGCCCUGAGAGCUAUAUCAAACACCCCCUCCAGAACAAAUGGUCUCUUUGGUUCUUCAAAAAUGAUAAGACCAAAACAUGGCAGGCGAACCUCUGCCUCAUCUCCACAUUUGACACUGUUGAAGAUUUCUGGGCUCUCUAUAAUCAUAUUCAGUUGUCAAGCAAUCUGAUAUCUGGAUGCGACUACUCCCUCUUUAAGGAUGGCAUUGAGCCCAUGUGGGAGGAUGAGCGGAACAAGCGCGGAGGGCGCUGGCUGAUCACUCUCAGCAAGCAGCAGAGGAGACAAGACCUGGACCGCUUCUGGCUAGAAACCCUUCUCUGCCUUGUUGGGGAGACUUUUGAUGACUAUAGUGACGAAGUGUGCGGAGCAGUAGUCAAUAUUCGCUCGAAAGGAGACAAAAUCGCCAUCUGGACGGCAGAUUUUGACAACAGGGAAGCCAUAACACACAUCGGGAGAGUGUAUAAGGAGCGCUUGGGAAUCCCCAUCAAGAUGACCAUUGGCUACCAGUCACACUCUGACACCGCCACCAAGAGCGGCUCCACCACCAAAAACAAGUUUGUGGUCUGAAAAUGCACCAAAUGCCUUGUCUAUAACAUUUUUGGGGGUCUACAUUUCAUUGUGGGUGCAUUUGUUUACGGAGCUGCAAUGACUGCGUGACACAGUCUUGGAAAAACUCAUGACUAUAUACAAAACCUUCAACAGAACCGUCCUGGACCUAAAAUCAGGCAACACUUUCACAACACUACUUUCUCUGGAAACCCCCACACACACACAAAGACACCUGCCAUAGCCACACAGGUGAACAUGCAAACAUCAAAACGCAAAUGAAUACCAUUCAUAGAAAUGUAAGAUGUUCAGAGUGCUCUUAUAAAGAAAAUUAUUUUGUUGAUUUAUUUAAUGGCAGGGAAUUAAUUUGAUAUUUAAAAAGUCAACAUUUCUCUGUGCCCUUAUACAGUAUUGUAAUUGCUGUUAUCCUUAAUUAUGUUACGCCAUUUUAAUUUAUUAUACCAAUUAGCUUUUUAGCUAUUUUUAAACUUGUUCUGUGCUAUGGCCCUAAACUUCAAGUGGAUGUAAUCAAGACUUUCUUAUCAUGUCAUGAAUCAAUUAGUCUGUGUUAACAUGAUUAAAACUUUGGGUUUGCAAUUCAAAA